UUGAGGAAAGCAGACGAUUAAUUUGUUCGCGUGUUUUCGCUUCCCUACCGUCUGGUGCCAAUAUUCCACCGUAUUUGGGUUAAGAACUACUCACAAACCUAUGACGUAGUACGCUAGUGUUGCCUGCUAUGUGUAUGAGGUGUGCUAAUGUUGAUUUAAAGAGGAUACGUAGAAUUAUAACUUCGAGGAAUUCAUCAUCGCCAUCUUGUGUUCAGCCUUUAAGGCUCUAAGUUUGUGAAAGUUUGGGAAUAUUUCCACGGACGAAGGGAUAAAACCCGGAUAUAUGAGUGAUAAAUUAUGAGUUCGGAACCGUCUGUUAAAACCGAAGUUUGUGGUGCCUUUCAACCACAAGCGUGGCGGAAGACCUUGUGUGUGAACUGCUUCCAUACGUUAGACGAGCAUGGCGGCACCGGUGAGACGCCUGCCGCUACUACAGACUCAAAAACCACAAAACCCACAGAGAAUAAAAGUUCACCGAAAACACCGUCAAAGAUUCAACCGAAAACACCCGAAUCACCAAGUACACCAAAAACAGGAACCAAGUCACCAUUAGCUCAAUCUACGACCGGAAAGUCAUCGCCGUUGUCAAAUGUAAAAAAUGGCGACAAACCUGUAGUUAAGACUGCGACACAAGAUGUCAGUAAAACAACGAAAGUCGAUGCGAAAAAACAACCGCCGAGCGUCGCCGCUAAACAUCCGCCGGAACCCCCCGGUAGGAAAACAACGCCCUCUCAUACACAACAGACAACACCACCAGAUGGCGGGAAAUCUGCUACUGUCUCUAAGGUCGCAAAUUUUGGGAAAGUCGCAACUGGUGUUGGUGAUCCAUUACGUAAACAAAAUGGCGCCGAUGUUAAAACGAAAACAACACCUGGAAUUGGUAAAAGUGACACAAACAUAACAACUAGCGGCAAGGUUUCUCCUGUAUUAAGUAAUAAAUCCCAGAAAUCAGCACCAGAUGACCACAAAUCUUCAUCCAAACAACCGUUUACCGCCCCUGUUGACAAAAAACCCGGACUUAGCCUAGAUAAAUCGACGAAACCAUCUCGAGUUGAGGACAAACAGAAACAGCCCGAAGAUGAAACAAAAUCAAAACCGUCUAAAAUAUUCGGCUUGAUGAAAUCCUUUGGAAGCACAGACGACACAUCGAGUGACGUAAGAGGUACUGUAAAGGAUAAAGCGCGGUCAGAAAAGAACGAAACGAAGCCAGAAACAGACGUAAGCAAAUUCCACUUGAAAGAUUCUCAGAUUUCGCCGAAAGGUUCGAGUAGCGAGCAGAAACAGUCAUCAAACAGUAUCAAACCGUCUGCUAUAACCUCUAAUACACCACCAUUAGCACGCGCUAAUGUUCUUACAGACACGAGCAAAGGUAAACAGGCAGAAGUUACGUCACGGGGUAAACAAGGUCUCGGUGAUGGAACUAAAGACAGGCAGGAGAGAAGUUCAAAUCAUUUAGAUUCUGUUUCUUCUAGAGGAGGCAAGGAUACUGCUCAAACAUUAGAUAGUUCUAAAGGAAAGACAUUUGCACCCAGUUCCCUAAUUAGUGCAUCGAAAGGAAAGGAUAGUAAUGUCAGCACCAAGGACACGAUAUCUAGUAAACAUUCGGACAGUUCUAGUAAGAGUUCGGAGGUUUCCUCUCAUAAAACUGAUGAAUUAUUGAAAAGUAAGGAAUUAGAAUUAGCCAAGUUAACUACAAAAUUAAAGGAGAUGGAGGAGAAAUGCAGGAAAUUGACGGAAGAUAAUGCCGCACUGAAGAAAAUGGCGUAUGACUCGAAAAAGUUAGACGUUGAGAAGAGUUUGAGUACCUGUAAAUCACAGCUAGCAACUAUGGAAGCCAAAUGUGCCAAAUUACAAGGUGAUAAUCAAGACUUGCAGAAUAAAAUGAAAAUGAAAGAUGUCCAAUCAAACAAGGAUAAACCGGAUAGUAAGGCCGUUUCACAGUUAGAACGUGAUUUGGAAACGAGUGAUGCCGAAUGUCAGGAACUAAAAUCCGAAAAUUUAGAAUUACGGAAAGAAUUAAGUAAUUUGAAAGUCGAGAUGGAAGAAAUGUAUGACACGUUUAAAGAGAACGAAAUGGACGAGUUUCGUGAAUUACAAAAGGAAUUGGACUUGGCGUCGAAAAACUGUCGAAUUUUACAAUUUAAAUUACGUAAAUCUGAACGGCGUAACGAGCAGAUUGAGGCGGACAAACAUGGAUACGAAGACAAGCUCCGCAGUCUCCAGAGUCAGUUCACCUCAGAUGACGCCCGAGAUCAUAUACGUGCAUUAGAGGAAGAUUUAAAAAUGGCUAAAGAGGUGUCGGUAAGACUGAAUGACGAAAUUGAUAUGCUGGAAGAUAAGAAGUGUAAAGUGGAAGAUGAAAAUCGACAAUUGACGGAAAUUCUCGAGCAGGCGGAUAAAAAACAGUUUCGAAUGGAGAUGGAUAUUGAUCGUCUUAAAGAUCAGAUUGCUGAUUUAAAACAGAAAGUACCCAGAUCUCAGACAGAACAAGAUACAAGAGAUAGACGGACGUACUAAACUUACUGGUGAGAUGUAUUAUGCGUGAUGAAUGAAUAUGAUCGCCACGUGACUGUUUUCCAAGUCACGUGACCGGAUACCACUGUGGGUGCAAGACAGCUAGAAGUGUCAGUAUGAGUGGCUAUGGUGAGGCUGGGGAAGUUUUCCUACAAAAUAUAAAAUAUUUUUUACUGAGGCUACAAAAAAUAUACAAAUCGUGUGGAUAUUCUUUUUCUUUCUUCUUGGAAAAUAAUUGCACAAAAUUAAAACCCGUUGCAAAUAAUUAACAACAAAUUUAAAUGAUCCCAGUAUAAAAACAGUUACAGGGACAACCAUGAUUUAGCCAGAAAGAAUAGUGUCACUCAAUUUACACAUAAUUCCCAACCAUUGCCCCAUUUAGGUAAUGUUACUUGUCGUGCAAAUAACAGGACAUGCCUUUACAUUGCAGAAUCCCCGACACAACUUUUCAAUAGGACGAAAAAUAGUCACUAGUAUCGUUCUGUCAAACUAUUGAACACCCUCGUACGCCAUCGUUGAAAAGUGCAAGCCAAUUAGAGUUAUCUUCUCUAUCACGUGAUUUCUAGUCGGCCACUCGGUAAUACAACUACCAUUCACCACCACUGAUAAUCGCCAGGUUGAGGUUGAUCGUAGCCUUUGGUUGUUACAAUACAUGUCCCAUAGUUCGCGUACCUUCAAAAUAUCCGACUCUGGGGCUUAUUUUUACCCCCAAGGCCUGUCUAAGGGGUAUACACACGUUAAGCGCGACAACAGUAACAACAAAUAUUAUAAAUUUCAAAAAGUAAUCGCAGAGUAUUCUUCAUCCGUGGAUCUGAUAUCAAAGACCCGCUUUGAAUUUAAAUAUUCCGGAUCUCUACAAAUAAAAUCAUUUUAAUUUGCGGAAACGAUGUCAUGUUCUGUAAAUUUUCUUGAAAUUUAGAAAGCGUCAGAAAAAACACAUCUAUUUAAAAACACAGAUUAAUCAACUUGAAACAAAUGUAACGUCGAUUGAUGCACACGGUUGUUUUCGUUAUUGAUGUCAUUCUGUUAGAUAUCUUCUUAAAUAAACGAAUCGUUAUCGACAUCUUAACUUUGCACAAGAUAAAUAUUUCAAUGCUUGAACUGUUUAGAAAAAAAACUUUAUCCACAGUUACCCCCACCCCCUCAAAAGUUUAAACACGGCAUUUUAGAAUUAGUUCUAACGUAAAGUUAAUUAAUUUAAGUAUUGGAAUUUAUAGAUAUAUAUAAAUAUAUGGGUGACACUAUUUUCUUCAGACAAGAAAUUCCAAAAUCCUUAGAAAACGAGAAAUGUUAAACAACAAUAAACUUACUAACAAAAUUCACAAUUUUAUAGUAAAACACUGAUUCCUAUUCACAUUCUCUUAAAUUAUAAUCAAUAAACAAUGGUGUAUUUUUAUUUCAAAAUAAAGUUUUAAUUUAUCAAA